AUGAACAUCUGUGCUAUCCGUCACAUUCCAUACUCAAAUAAACACAACAGAAGAUAAAUUCUAGUUGAUUAAAAUAGAGCCAAGAGUUCCCAAGGAUCAAGAUUGAACUCAGCAACUCACUAUAGAUGUUCAACCCAACAGAGCAAUAAUUAAACACAAAAUCAAGGCAAAAUGCAAUUAUACGAAAUUCAACCCAUAGUUGGCCAACUCAUCAAGAAUUAGUAAUAAUAGUUCACCUCCACUUAACUAACUAAGAGUCCAUCAUUUCGAGUGAAAAAUUAUCAUCCAUAAGAAAUAAUGAAAAUUUAAUCAGAAAAAUCAAGUUAAAACUAAUUGUAAUCCAACAUCGAAAAGAUUGAAAGAAUGAAUCGAAUAAAUUUUUUAGGGGAUUUGUUACAACAAAUGGAUGGAAAAAUAUAGCACACUAGAUAAUCAAUUGCUACAGAUUUGGCAACUGUACCUAAAAAUAAAAUUGACAUUUUCAAUAUAAAAAAUGAACAAGAAUAGAACAUUGAAGAAUUACAUUUUUAUUUAGUUGAAUCCUAAUAAAGAAUCAAAUAACAUGCCUUUGUCAUAGAAUAAUAAAAGUAUCUUAGUUGA